AUUCAGAAUAAACUUUGCUACUAGCUCCCCAAAAUACUUGUGAAUUAGAAACUUUGAAAAAUUACAUAAAACUCGAACAUGGAUGAUUUGGCUAACGAGUACACCGGCAGUGAAGAGAGGAGUGGAGAAGCCUCCAAGCUCGGACUCCUGGCCAGGGUGGACCGUCUGCUCCGGCGCUGGCUGCCUGGAUACAGCUUCAUUCGCGGCAAGCGUCUCUCGACAUCGGAAACCUCGAUCGUGCACGGCUGCUCCCACGGCACACAGGCGGUGCGUGGACGUGGUGACCGGAUGAAUAAUAAGGAGGAGGUGUACCUGGACACCGGCAUCGCCAAGUCGGAGUUCUGCGUCCACCUGGAGACCUUGCUGCGCAACAAGCUGCUCAAGAAGCAGCAGGAAUUGGCCCUGGAACAUCAGGAGAGAAGCCGCGAGAUGGAGCUGGAGCAGGAACGGCAGCUCAAUCAACAAGUUCAGCAGUAGGAAAGUCUACCUAUUGUGUUAUUUUUCACUUCAAUUGUGUAUAUAUAUUUUUAAUACCAUCAAUCAGUCGUGGCGAGGCGAGGCGAGGCGCCUCAUUAAAAUUAAUUAAAAAU